GGUAUCCUCAGAUGACCUCAGAAAAGGGGAAAUGAGGACUGUCAUGGCUCAUCAGCACUCUUCGUGGAUCUUCGUUAAUGAGAGGACAUUCAUUACCAGGGAACAACUUUAUUCUUUAUUGAAGACCUAUAACAUUUUUUAUGGGAACCAGAAAAAUCUGCAUAUUUUAUAUGGACAGACAGAAGAUGGAGAACCAAUUGUUGAAGGAAUGUUGGACAUUUCCUGGGGAGUAAAACGGCCUAUACAACUGAAAAUCCAAGAUGAGAGGCAAAUCGCUUCUUUAACUAAAGUGAAGUCGCCAGAUGUCUUUUCCAAAAGGGGAAUGACACGCUGGGGAGAGUUUGAUGAUCUUUACCGUAUUAGUGAUCUGGACAGGACCCAGAUUCCAGCAUCUGAAGCAACAAAUUCCCAAGAAGGUUAUUUAUCUUAUCAUAGUAGCACUCUGAAACCUUAUGCAAAAGAAGAGCCAGAAUCCCCACUGCUCUAUCGCACCAUGAGCGAAGCAACCCUGGUGAGAAAAAGGAUGAAGCCUCCAAUGGUGGACAGAAAAAAGUUACAGAAGCACAGGGCCUCUAUUAACGGGCACUUCUAUAACCAUGAAGUGAGUUAUAAUUCCAUUCAUGUCCUUUAAAAUAAUGUCUGUUUUUCUAACAAGACCACUCAAUUCGACUUACAAUUAAAAAUAGCCAUUGUAAACUAGUGGUCGUGUAUCUGGUAUUUAUUGGGUACUCUCUCUGUGUUAGGUAUUAAACUGUUUUAAAUUGGAUUUUGAUGAAUUAUCUCAUUAAUCACUAAAACAAUCCCAUGAAAUAGGUACCAUUAUUUUCCCUCCCUUAGAUGCGUCCAUUGAGGGUCACAGAGGGUAAGUAAUUUGUCUUAGGGCACACUCCUUUUAAGUAGCAGCUCUGAACUUGAAUCCAGCUGUGUCUGAGUCCAGACCCCAAGCGUUAACCAACGUGAUGGGUGAACCCUAUCUCAGGGGCGGCUCUGCGCCAAGCACUGGGAAUAGCAAGAUGACUCAGUCCAUGCCUUUGCCAUCAUGGAACUCAGGUCUCGGGCAAGGAAACCCAUACAUCAAUCAAUGGCAUUUGAAUAAUGCAAGUGCAACAGGAGAGAUUGGUUCAAAGUACAUUUGAACACUAACAUUUAAAUAAAGAAAGAAAACCAGCCGCAGACCUGUUAUUCCAAUAAAUCAAAUUUCUCAUUUCACCACGUUCCAUUCCAGGCCUUGUACAUAUAUACAUAUUUUUUUAUGCAAGCAUAGUUGUACUUUAGAUAUAAUUUGUAUUCUGAUUCUUCACUUAAUGUGUUAAAUUUAUGUGUUCCUUUCCACUGUUUUUGUAAGACACUUCACUUUGCUGAAGGUAGGAAAUACAUGAUUUUUUUCCCCUAGAACUCAAAAUUUUCAUGUCAUGUACUUCAGCAAUUAUUCAUCCAUUCA